AGGCAUCUUCUCCAAACGCCAGAAAAGCAAUCCUCGGAAAUCGGCUUCGCACUGAAAUAAGCCACAUUCAAUAGCACUCUUACAAUUAUUUUCUUAAGUCCUUUCAUCUUGGUAGGCUGCAAAAUGUACUACUUGGGAACAAGGGAAGGCAAAAUGGUAGCCAGCUAAAUCCGCCAAAGCUGUGCGUUGCCACAGAAACAACUUAGUUUACUUCCUGCGUCCGCGGACGCCGUAGGUGGAAAGGCGAACCCUGAGUGGAGGAUGUUCCCACUGCCUAAAGAAUGAUUGACUGUAAGAUUGAUUUGCCAACAGGGGGGUGCUUUUCCCUCGAUACACACAGCAAUAGACAGAACGGAAAUUCUGGGAUCCUAACCUAGCACGGAAGAGAAAGGCCGGGAGCACGAAGGCAGCAGGACCUCUUCCUUCUCUUUUUUCUUUUUCUAUACUUCUUUUCUCCCCUCUACUUAUUUAUCUCUUUCAAGAAAUGAGACUGGGCACAGUGGCUCACGCCUGUAAACCCAGCUCUUUGGGAAGCCGAGGCGGGAGGAUCGCUUGAGGCCAGGAGUUCGAGACCAGCCUGGGCAACAUAGUGAGACCACCUCCCCCAACCUCUACAAAAGAAAAAAAAAUGAAUGAAAUGACUUAAGUUCUUACCUCCAUUCUUCUUUUUGGAUCCGAGGGAACUGCACUUUUGUGAGAUUAUAAAUAUACCACGGAGGGUAACGAAGCUACAGAAGAAUGGAAGAAGACAGCCUGGAAGACUCAAACCUUCCUCCAAAAGUUUGGCAUUCUGAGAUGACGGUGUCAGUGACAGGCGAACCACCUAGUACCGUAGAAGAAGAAGGAAUACCUAAAGAAACAGACAUAGAAAUCAUCCCAGAAAUCCCGGAAACCCUAGAGCCACUGUCCCUUCCAGAUGUGCUGAGGAUCUCGGCAGUUCUGGAGGACACCACAGACCAGCUCUCUAUUCUGAACUACAUCAUGCCCGUUCAGUACGAAGGGAGACAGAGCAUCUGCGUGAAAAGCAGAGAAAUGAAUCUAGAAGGAACGAGUCUAGACAAACUUCCAAUGACCUCAACAAUCACAAAAAUACCCAGUCCGUUAAUAACUGAGGAAGGACCCAACUUGCCAGAAAUCAGACACAGAGGCCGGUUCGCUGUGGAGUUUAACAAAAUGCAGGAUCUUGUCUUCAAAAAACCUGCAAGGCAGACCAUCAUGACUACGGAGACACUGAAGAAAAUUCAGAUUGAUAGGCAGUUUUUCAGCGACGUGAUUGCAGAUACCAUUAAGGAGUUGCAAGAUUCGGCCACUUACAACAGUCUCCUGCAAGCUUUGAGCAAAGAGAGGGAAAACAAAAUGCAUUUCUAUGACAUCAUCGCCAGGGAGGAAAAAGGAAGAAAACAGAUAAUAUCACUUCAAAAACAGCUAAUUAAUGUCAAAAAGGAAAGGCAAUUUGAAGUCCAGAGUCAGAAUGAGUAUAUUGCUAACCUCAAGGACCAACUGCAAGAGAUGAAGGCAAAAUCCAACUUGGAGAAUCGCUACAUGAAAACCAAUACAGAGCUGCAGAUUGCCCAGACCCAGAAAAAGUGUAACAGAACAGAGGAACUCUUGGUGGAAGAGAUUGAGAAACUCAGGAUGAAAACCGAAGAAGAGGCCCGGACUCAUACAGAGAUUGAAAUGUUCCUUAGAAAGGAGCAGCAGAAACUUGAGGAGAGGCUGGAGUUCUGGAUGGAGAAAUAUGAUAAGGACACAGAAAUGAAACAGAAUGAACUAAAUGCUCUCAAAGCCGCAAAGGCCAGUGACUUAGCACACCUUCAGGACCUGGCAAAGAUGAUAAGAGAGUAUGAACAGGUCAUCAUUGAAGAUCGUAUAGAAAAGGAGAGGAGCAAGAAGAAGGUAGAACAGGAUCUCUUGGAAUUAAAGAGCGUUAUAAAGCUCCAGGCCUGGUGGCGAGGCACUAUGAUACGGAGAGAAAUUGGUGGUUUCAAGAUGCCUAAAGACAAAGUUGAUAGCAAGGAUUCAAAAGGCAAAGGUAAAGGCAAGGAUAAGAGGAGAGGCAAGAAGAAGUGACCAAGUUCUCUUCUGUGUUUUCUGCUGGUAUUCUGGAGGUGGGAAGGACUUGGAGAGAGUUAAGAAACACCUGGUACCUCAAAGAUGACUCAUCUACAGGUUGUUUCCUAUUGAGACUUUCCCAGGGAAGCCUGAUUUCACUUUGCCUGUUAAUUUCACUCUGCCUGUUAAUUUCACUCGGGCUGUUAAUUUCACUCUGCCUGUUAAUUUCACUCGGGCUAAUUUCACUCCGCCUGAUAAUUUCACUUGGCCUGUUAAUUUCACUCUGCCUGUUAGGUGGGUUUUCAAACCCUGAUUUAGGAUUACACCAUUGACUUAGGGCUUCCUCAUACCUUGCUGGGAAGAAGUUUCUAGUAGUCCUGUGAAGAUUCAUUCUUCUUGCUCUUUCUCAGCAGAACAAAGGAGUUCACUGGCUUAGCUACAGUGACGCAUUGAAACUUGAGUAAUUCCUGUAAUGUCAGAUUUUGAUUUUACCCAACUUGUCUGUAGUGAAAAAACUCUUAUGAGCAAAAGUAUUCAGUAGGAAUUACAAUAUGAUGUUAUUAGCUGUCCAGCAUAAUAUAUACACAGCAAAGUUUUAAUAAAUGUUGGUUCCUGCCUGCCUUUUA